CUGUUGAAGACGAGCUUCGUGUGUGUCUUUCUUCAAUUCCUGCCAGGAUAUCGGCUUUGUGUUCAUCUAAACAGGCCCAGGUUUCACACUGAGUGAGUAUAAAUAAAUUGAGAAACUAUAUUGUAAUUAUAUAUACUGUAUUAGGCUACAGAGUGUCAUUUUGUAACAUUUUCCAAUGUAAAAAAAUGUGCCGUGGCUCAAUAAAGGUUGAAAAACACUGCAAUUACCAAUACCUCAACUUGCUAUUAAUGUAAAAAAUGCCCCCCCUUCUUUAUUUUUUUUUUUAUCUCAGACAUUAGUGAUUGUCUAAUACAGGGUCAAUUCAGGCCAUAUAAACGUGUCAGACAGAAUCACUUGCCGCAGAUCACGGAGGAAAAGUGCACAUGUCCCCAUGUCCCUGUUAUGCUUCUGCCUACAGAAACGAAGCAGCUUGCGCGCAUUUUUAUAUCGACCCAGAUGCGCGCGAUCCUCUCAGGAUGUUGUGGUAUGAUGUCAGCGCUACACGAGCACCGAUUGGACACUGUCUGCGAGCGCGCUUCUGUUGCCACUUUCUUUACCUGAAGCCGACGGAGGAGUGCAAAAUACCCAAUUACAAUGUCGUACGUAAUGCUGGAGUUGCUGUUGUUGCUGGGGUUUGCGGACGCCUCGCGUGCCGAGCUCGUGUUCCGCUGCCCAAGCUGCAGCGCCGAGCACCAGGCGGCGUGUCCCACUCUCACUGCAGAGAACUGCGGCGAGAUCGUGCGUGAGCCGGGCUGCGGCUGCUGCCCAAUCUGUGCACGCCGGGCCGGAGAGCUGUGUGGUGUGUACACACCGCGCUGCGCCAGCGGCCUCCGCUGUUACCCCGAGCCGGACUCGGAGCUGCCGCUAGAUCAGCUAGUGCGCGGCCUCGGUCGCUGCGCACUCAGAGCGGACUCUGAGCCCAGCACGUUGAGCGCUGAACUUAGCGGUGAGGUGAUGGAGCUGCCGGAAGCAGAACAAACUGAAGUCCCUCCAAUCAGAAGGCCCACAAAGGACAGCCAGUGGAUGGGCCCUAAAGAGAGUGCGGUCAUCCAGCACCGGCAGCAGAUGAAGACCAAGAUGAAGUAUAAAACAGAGGAGCCCAAAGCACAACGCAGCAAGCUGAGUCAGUGUCAGCUGGAGCUGGAGCAAGUACUUGAGAGGAUCUCCAAAAUGGCCUUCCAAGACAAUCGUGGCCUUCUGGAGGACCUCUACUCUGUGCACAUACCCAACUGUGACAAGAGGGGCCAGUAUAACUUGAAACAGUGUAAGAUGUCAGUGAAUGGACAUCGGGGUGAGUGUUGGUGUGUGAACCCCAACUCAGGCAGGCACAUCCAGACCUCCCCAGUGAUGAGAGCUGACCCCAACUGCAGUCAGUACAUCAAUACCUUAGAGAUGGAGACACCUUCAGCACCACAAAACUAAAAGCAUCAAAGAGAAUCCGUACCUGUAGAGUCAGUAUUUUAACUUCCUAAACAAUCUACCAGUAAACUUGUUUAUGUAUGUGUGUGUUCAUGUUUUUCUAGAAUUUUAAUGGUAUAAAACAUAACUUGUAGAAGUGUCAGUGAUUUUAUUAGCGUGAGACCCAGCAUUAUUAGGGGGUUAUGUAAUGGGCGAUAUGUAAUACAGAAAACUGUAAGCUGGUUUUAUAAUCACAGGUUUUAGACAUUGAAUUCAUCAGACAGAAUACUUAUGGGUAAUUCUUUUCCACAUACUUUAUACGGACCAAGAUGUGUUUAGGAUAUUUAGUUCCCUAUUUUUGGUGCUAUUUUUCAAAAUUUUCACAAAAAAAUUGUAACCCUAACAGUGAUUUUAGACCUAUAGAAAAAUAUAAUAUUUACACCAUAUAUCCAGAGAGCUGCACAGUAUCCACAACAUAUUUAUACUGUAUCAUAUUGAUUCCAUUGCUACAGCCAGGUUCAUAAAUAUUUGGACAUUGACAAAGUUAUUGUUAUUUUAGGUGUCUACAUCAGUAAAUUGGAGUUGAAAAUAAUAUUAUCAAAGUGAAUAUUAUCAAAGUGCAGACUUUCAGCUUUAAUUAGAGGGUGAACAUCUAAAUCAGGUGAAUGCUCUCUGACUUUCUAUAUGUGGUCAAGUAUUUGGCCAAUUGGCUGUUCAGCUGUUCCCUACGGCCAAGUGUAUGUUAGUUCCUUAUUGUUUCACUUAAAGUCUAGAGUUGAUGUCAAGUGUGGCAUUUGUAUUUGGAAUCUGUUGUUGUUAACUCUCAAUAUGAAGCCCAAAGAGAGAGAGCAAAAACAUUAGGUUUGGCCAAAUUAAUUAUUUGGUACAUUCUUAAAAAGAAAGAAUGCGCUAGUGAGCUCAGGAACACAAAAAGGCCCAAAAGACCACAGAAAACAGCUGAGGUGGAUGAAAGAAUUAUUCUUUUCCUGGUGAAGAAAAAAUGUUAAUAGCAUUUGUCCAGAUCAAGAACAUUCUCCACAAGGUAGGCGUAUCUGUGUCAAAGUCAACAAUCAAGAGAAGCCUUUACCGGAGUAAAUACUAGAACAGCAUCCUAUACACAGAUGAGACAAAGAUCAACUUGUGCCAGAAUAAUAGGAAGAGAAGAGUAUGAACAAGGGAAGGAUCUGCUCAUGAUCAAGCAUGAUCAUACCAUGAAGCAUCAAGCAUGAAGCAUUCCACCUCAGCUAAUGUAUGGCUGCCAAUGGAACUGGUUCCCUUGUUGUGUGAUGUGACUGCUGACCCUUCAGAAAAAUUUUGAAGGGUUUAGGGCUGUAUUCUGCUCAGAUUUGGCCAAAUACUUGGGCACCACUUCAUAGCGCACAUGAACAAUGACACGUACCAUACUUCGAAAGCAACCCAAGACUUUUUUAAGGCAAAGAAGUAUAAUACUCUACAAUGGCCAAGUUAAUCAUCAGACUGGAAUCCAAUUAAGCAUGCAUUUCACUUGCUGAAGGCAAAACACCGCAAGAAUGAGCAGGAAUUGAAGACAGCUGCAGUAAAGGCCUGGCAGAGCAUCAUCUGGGAAAAAAGCCAGCAUCUGUUGAUAUCUAUGUGUUUCAGACUUCAAAAGGUACUUGACUUCAAAGGAUUUGAAUCCAAGUAUUUAAAAUGACAAUUUAAUAUAUGGUUAUGUUCAUUUGUGCAGUUUAUUUUGGUCCCUUAAAAACAGGUGCGGGGUCAGGGGUGUCCACAUAUAAAAAGUGCUGUAGUUCCUACAUUUUUCAGCUUAUAUGGAUGUAAAUAUGCUCAAAUUAAAGUCUGAAAGUCUGCAUGCACUUUGAGGUCAUAUUGAAUUAAUGUAUUCAUUUUUUUUAUUUCAACUCCACUAUAUUGUAUACAGCUAAAAUAACAACAGUUAUUUUAUGUAAUGUAUUUUAUUUGAGUUAGAAUAUUUUGGUGGUGACAUGAGAAAAGUGGUAUCGAGAUUAUAUAUAUUUUAGACUAACCCCACUUUGGUCUGAUGGUGGGUAUUCUAAGAUAUUGGUAUUGCCAAGGCCAAGAUCAUGAUAUCAUAUGAUGUAUUGUGCAGCCCAAAAAUCAGGCAUUUCAGUGCUUUUUGUUCUAUUAAUGUUAAUUUAUCUGUCAGGGGAUCACAGGGAACUCACUAAAAUAGUGCCUUACCAAAUCAGAUCAUGCUCUCUGAUUUUAAUAUUUACAGUAGUCUCCUUUCAGAUCAUUUGGGCCUCCAUCUUCAAAUCUGAGAACCACUAUAAAAAUAUAUAUAGUUGGACCAUAUGCUGACACACAGCAACAUUGUUGCAACCAUGUUACCAUGUAAUUUGACCCAUUUAUAUUACACGUGUGUAGAUAAUAAAUGAUUCUAAUGGUAUAAAGGUCACUGAAGAAAAAUAAUCUUUACACUAGUUUUGACACCUAGUGGUCAUAUCCAUGAAAAGAAUAUGUAAUUACAACUUUGUGUAGUGAUAUAUGAAUAGUGUCUUCUGUAGUUCUUCUUCUUAAGAAUAUUUUACAUAUUCAUUCUGUUUUCUGAAUGUACAAGUAAUACAACAUGAAUAAUAUUCAGUCUUUUAAGUAUUUCAAGGUCUCAUGUGUAGUAUGACAUUAAAACUGGUAUUAACCUCUGA